AUGAUGGAAAGAAUAAGAAAAGAGAUGAUCCUGAUGGAACGAGGGCUGCACAGCCCCACGGCCGGCAAAAGGCUGGCGAAUUUGUCCGACUCGGCUGGCAACGUGGUAUUGGAGGCCCUCGAAAAUUCGCCCCACGGCGGCCGCCUGAGCCCAAGACUGACUUCCGCUUCUCUGCACACCUCUUUAGGGGACAUCCCUGCCAAAGGGAAAUUCGAAAUAGACACUUUAUUCAACCUCCAGCACCAGAGCAGCGAAAGCGGCGUCGGCGUCGCCACCUCGGAGCUGCCUCCCUCGGAAGGGAGGAAGAAGAUUAGCCAUUACUCAGAAGUUGCUCAAGAGGCAGAUAUGAACAGCGACGUGGAGGUGGGCUGUUCUGCGCUCCGCUCCCCCGCCAGCCUCACUUCCUCCCAGCUGAAGGAAAACAAUAACAAAGGAUAUUCCGAGAGCAGCUCUACGCCCAGCACCACCACCUCAUCCUCGGGUUCCAGUUUAAGCAGCCUGCACGGCGGCAGCGCCUUGGGGAACUCCAGCUCCGGAGCGGAUCAAGUGCGGAGGUACCGCACCGCCUUUACCCGGGAGCAGAUCGCUCGGCUGGAGAAGGAAUUCUACCGGGAGAACUAUGUCUCUCGGCCCAGGAGGUGCGAGCUGGCCGCGGCUCUCAACCUGCCGGAGACUACCAUCAAGGUAUGGUUCCAGAACCGACGGAUGAAGGACAAGAGGCAGCGGCUGGCCAUGUCUUGGCCCCACCCGGCGGACCCCAGCUUCUACACGUACAUGAUGACCCACGCGGCGGCCACGGGGAGCCUGCCUUACCCGUUCCAUUCCCACGUGCCCCUGCACUACUACCCGCACGUCGGGGUGACGGCGGCCGCAGCCGCGGCUGCGGCGUCGGGGGCCACCGCCUCACCUUUCGCCACCUCCAUCCGCCCUCUGGACACCUUCCGCGCCCUCUCGCACCCUUACUCCCGGCCCGAGCUGCUGUGCAGUUUCAGGCACCCGGGCCUCUACCAGUCGCCCGCCGCGGCCGCAGCAGCCGGCCUCAACAGCAGCGCCGCCGCCUCGGCUGCAGCAGCUGCAGCCGCGGCCGCAGCCGCCGCAGCUUCGACGGCUCCGCCAGCGGGCUCCGCGCCCUGCUCCUGCCUCAGCUGUCACAGUAGCCAGUCGGCGGCGGCCGCAGCCGCGGCAGCCCUGGGAUCGCGCGCCUCCGGCUCGGAUUUCACCUGCACCGCGGCCGGAGCAGCGGCGGCGGCCUCGCAGCGCUCGGAGAGCAGCUUCCUGCCUUACUCGGCCGCCGUGCUCAGCAAGACCGCCGUCCCUUCCCCAGACCAGCGGGAGGAGGCCGCCUUGACCAGAUAA